CCUCCUCCUCCUCCUCCUCCUCCUCCUAAUCCGUCUCCUCUCAUCAGUAUCAUGCUCCUUCCCUUCCUCUUCCUUUUCUUCUUCUUCUUCCUUCUCAUCUACCUCGUACUCCUCCGUUUCCUCCACACCACGCUCCUCCUCUUCUUCCACGUCCUCCGUCUCUUCCAGAUCGUAUUUCUCCUCUUCCCCAACCUCCUACUCCUCGUAGCCGUCCUUGAAACUGGCGGCGGCAGUGGCGAUGGUGUUGUGGCUAAGAGGACUGCGGCUGCUAUUUCCAGGACCGUGGAUGCUACUGAUAUUACUGUUACUAGUGUCCUCAUCCACGCUGGAGAUGACACUUAUGUCGUCCUGACUCCCGUGUCCACAUCGGCCAGCAUUUCUGAUGCUGCUGGGCUCAAUACAGGCAACUACCGCACUACCGGAUGCGAUUCGGAAUGA